GAAGGAUAAAAGAGCCAUUAAUUUUUAUGAUGAAAAUAAAGAAGGAAUUGAAAAAAUCAAUUCAAAUACUUACAUUAGAAUCUCAAAUUCAUAUCUAUAUCCAUUUCAACAUACAGUUCAUGAGUUAACAGGAAGGGCUGCAAUUUUUCAACAGGAUAAUACACUUAUUCAUACUGCAAAAAUAAUUAAAGAUUGGUUAAAGUAG